AUGGGUUUCACCGACUUUGUUUCCGACAGUGGCUUGACGCUGCUCAACAACUGGCUCAGAACCCGUUCUUACAUCGCUGGCUUCCAGCCAACUCAGGCCGAUGUCGUCUCUUUCAAGGCUCUAGACAAGGCUCCCGCCGUUGAGAAGUACCCCCACGCCUACCGCUGGUACAACCACAUCAAGUCAUAUGAAGCCGAUUUCUCCACCCUCUCGGGUGACCCAUCCAAGCCGUUCACCACCUACGGACCAGAGGCCGUCGAAGUGACACAAAACCCCAAGGAUGCUCCUAACGCCGAGGAGGAUGACGAGGUCGAUCUGUUCGGCUCCGAGUCUGAGGAGGAAGAUCCCGAAGUCGUGGCGGAGCGUGAGAAGAGAUUGGCCGACUACAAGAAAAAGAAGGAGGGCAAGGCCAAGCCUGCCGCCAAAUCUAUUGUCACUUUGGAUGUGAAGCCCUGGGAUGACGAGACUGAUAUGGACGAGCUGGUGAAGAAUGUGGUGGCAAUCGAGAUGGACGGUCUCGUCUGGGGUGCUCACAAGUUGGUCCCUGUCGGCUUCGGUAUCAAGAAACUGCAGAUCAACUUGGUCAUCGAAGAUGACAAGGUCGGCCUUGAUGACCUGCAGCAGAAGAUUGAAGAGGACGAGGACCAUGUUCAAUCAACCGAUGUCGUCGCCAUGCAAAAGUUGUAA